AUGACCAACGGUGUCAACCCUCAUGCCACCCCGUUGCAAGCGCCGCUUCAGGCUCUCCAAAAUCGCGCUGCGAUGGCCACUCCCGUGCCGCCGACCGGCCCCCCCUCAGCACCACCCAGUGCCGCUCCAUCCCGCCCAACCCCGAAACCAAAAUCUAAGAACUCGACUUCGAGUCUGCCUGCGCCUCCCCUCGACGACGUACAUGCUGCAUUCGUUGAAUUCCGCGCCAAAGAAGAAGAUAAGUGCCUGUCUGUGCAAUGUAUUUACUGCCAACAAGUGCGCGCAAAGAACACAAGUCGCCAGCGCCAGCAUCUGCUCGAAUGUCCCACCUACCUGAGUGUCAUGAAAGACUCAAUCCCAGCCAACAACCUGCUGCACACGUUCCCCGAAGGAGAUGUGGCGCGGUCGCUACAGAUUCCUGCGCCGACGCUGGAAUUGGACUUCCGCAUGAGUAUCAAGAUGAACCCCAAGGUUUCCGUCGGCCCUGGGAUCUGGGGUCAGCGCGAAUGGGUUUCUUUCCUCGGAGGCCAGUGGGCUGGUCGGUGGGGUAAGGGAAUUGUUCUGCCUGGUGGUCAAGAUACCCAGCUUGUGACCAAGGACUCAACUACCAACCUUCGUGCCAACUAUAUCCUCCAAACCGUUGACGAGCCACCUGCAUUUAUCAUUGUCCGCACGGAAGGCUGGUUGACCGGCGCCAAGGAUGUCCUCGAAAAGGUCAUCGACUCCAACAUGGCAGAUGGCGUCAACCCAGGCAGCUACAAGUACCGAGUGAACUUGUCCAUGGAAACCGGCGAUGAACGGUACACUUUCUUGAACACACUCAUGUGGAUUGGCAGCGGAUGCCGCCGAGGCCAUGAAGUGAUCUUCGACUCAUUCCGUGUCAACUAG